AAACCCAACGGCUGCACUCCUUAUAUGGGCAUAUGCGUUCGUCCCUUUCAUUCCGGCUUUUUAUGCAAAUCUAUUCUAAUGACCAGCUGCAUGCAGUUGUAGUAAGAGCAUGCGCAUUGCGGGAAAAGAACACGGCGAAGAUUCAAAGUUUUUGUUCGGGUUUGUUUGUUUUUUUUAAAACCAUAACCCCGAUCAAGAAAUAGACUAUGUUUGGCUUCCACAAGUCAAAGAUCUACAGGAGUAACGAUGGCUGUUGCAUCUGCAAGACUAAGUCCUCCAGUUCACGAUUCACAGACAGCAGUCGAUAUGAGGAGACAUUCAGGCUGUGUUUUGGGCUCUCUGAGGAUCGUGUUGGAGACAUCUGCAAUGCCUGUGUCUUACUAGUGAAAAGGUGGAAGAAGCUGCCUCUUGGCUCCAAGAAAAACUGGAAUCAUGUGGUGGAUGCGAGAGCUGGUCCAGGCUUUAAGGUGACAAAACCCAAGAAGAUAAAGAAUGGAGAUGGGAAGAAGAAAAGCAAGCUCAAGAAACUGCACAAGUUCAAGAGACAAACAGACUCUGAUGCCCACAGCACGACCUCAAGUGUAUCUCCUGCCCAGUCUCCCAGUUACAGCAACCAGUCAGAUGAUGGCUCAGACAUCGAGUCCAAACAAAGACGCUCAACUCCCUCCAUCUUCUCCUUCUUGGACCGUUCCUACUGGAAAAGGCAAAAGGUGUGCUGUGGGAUUGUGUAUAAGGGUCGGUUUGGAGAGGUGAUUAUUGAUCCUCGACUUUUCAAGCCCUGCUGCAGUUCCAAAAAACAGAAGACAUUAACGUCACCCACGCAAGUGGCCACACAUUUGCCGGAUACACAACUGCCAGAAGACAUAAAAGAAACCUGGUGAAUGCUUUUGUUGAGUUUCCCUGUCAGGGUUAUCCAUGGCAUCCACCUGGAUUUGUCUCCAGUGGUAGACCUAAUUUCCACUCCUCUUUCUUUUAGGCGGUUAGGUAGCUCAUUCUUGUCUUUUGUAAUAUUCCUUUUUAUAUGGGUAUUUUUUUUACUUUUGUAAAGAUUUGAUUAUUUUUUUUCUUCUUUUUAUUGUUUAUUUUUUAUAGAAAGCACAAAUUGGAAGAAAAAAAACUUACGGGCAUUAGUGUUAUUUAUAGGAUGAGGAGACAAAUUUUGUUAAGGCUCUGCUUUUGACUCUGGAUUACAUUUUUUUUUUUCUUUUAUAUAAAUGACAUGAUCAGCGUUCUGUAAAUAUUUUGUCACCUUUUUAAUACAUAUCAGGAUUGUUUUGUUUUCAUUAGUUGUCAAAUUGUAAGUGUGCAAAUGAAAGACACCAGCGAUUUCUAAUACCAGCUUUUUUCUAAGUGUUGGAGGGCCUCUUGAACAUGUUGCUAUGUUUUGUCCAUUAGUGCAUUUUUUUAAGUACACAAAUGGCUUUUUCUGACACCAGGGAUCACUAGUACAAUUGUUCUUUAUGAAUUUAAUGAUUUAAAAAAAAAAAAUAUGUAUAUAGAUAAGAACACAUAAUCUUUGGACAUGUAUACAGCUUUAGCAUGCCACAAGUUUGAAACACUCCAUUUUAAAUUUGUUCAGCAGUGUGUGCACAUUAACUGAUAGAUGUGAUUCAACCAUGCAUGCAGUACAUCCCUCUGUUUUUUGGCAUAUUUAUUUCUUUUGUAAAGUCUCCAAUGGAAUGACAAUGCAUGUUUUAAAACAAAUGUGUUUUUGUUUUUUUUAAAGUGGAUUUUGUAAAUACAGUAUUUUGGCUCUUGGAACAUCCAAACUUUUUUAACAAUAAUAGGAAUGGCAAACCACUACGUCUGUUAAAAAUGCUUUUGUGUGUCUCAAAGUUGCUAAAACGUGUAAUUUUAUGAGAAAAGAAAUCCAGUUUUUAACCACAUGUUCACAUCUCAUUUGAUCAGAUACAUUUCUCUAAAAGCAUCUAGGGAAGACUAAAAACUUAACUGCAGCAUCUGUGAGCAGCAAGAUUCUCUGCUUGACUCGUGUUCUGUAGUUGCUUUAUAUUUUAGCCCCACCCAAAAAAAGAAAAAAUGCUUCUAGGGAAAUGUGUUUUGAUUGUCAUGGCUGCAAUUGUCAAAGUUCAAACUAUGCAGACGUUUUGAAUGUGAGAAGUGCUCUGGGGCCGUCCAUCGCUUUUACCAUUUCAGGUGUAAAGUGAUGGAUGCUUAUUCAACCAAAUUGGCUUGUGAAAAGCAUCCAUUAUUUCAGCAAUAAUGAUAAACUUUCCUAAUUGUCCUAAGUCAUUGUUUCAAAAUCAUCCUUGUCUAUGUCAUGUCAAAAAUAAUGCUCAAAUUGCACAGUUUUUUGCCAUACUGUCUCAAAUUAAUACUGCAGUGAAAACGGUUGCCUUUUUUUUUUUUUAAUACAUAAUUGUAAGUGGUCUCAAACUAAAAGAAUUGACAGGCAAUGCUCUGUAAAGUUGCUUAAUAUAUAUCCUCUUCUGCGGCAGGGUCAUUAAAUGCUGAACAUGUUUAUGAUUCUUAUUAAAAGGAGAAAUGCUGCUUCCUUUUAAGCUGGAAAAUAAGCUUGUUUUUUUGUUGUUCUUAGGGAGUUGCCAUAUUGUUUUUAAGAGGUACAUUUUGGGAUAUCAGAUGUGCCUUAAAGAAUUAUCUGACCUCUCCGUUAUGGUUCUUGCGUAAUUUAUGUUUAUUUAUUACAAAACCUUUUGUAACUGAAAAUUUUAGAUAACUGGUGUAGCGCCUUUCAGUCUUUUUAAUUUUGUGCACUUCUUUUGAACAUGCAAUGUAUGGUUUUUUUUUUUAAUGCUUUUUUAAUACUGUUC